AUGCAAAUUUCUUUUGUACUUUUCACAAAUUUACAUGAAGGAGAUCUUGUAGCUAAUUACCCCUAUGACGACAGUAGAUCUGGCAGACAAACGCCGGAUGACGACACUUUAAGACACUCGGCAUUAUCGUAUUCCUUUUACCAUGCCGAUAUGGAAGAUGUAAAGCAAAAAGGCUGCAGUGACUACGAAAGCCAAGAUUUCCCUAAACAGGGUGGUAUAAUGAAAUAG